CCACCAUGAUCCAUGAUGAAACUUCGCCAGCGCUGUCUCCAAGCAAGAAGCGCCAGCCCAUGACUUACUUCUUGUACCCGGGCCUGGACUCUGCCGACCUGACGAAAUUCCUCUCCAAAAACAAAGCCUCCCAUGCUUGUAUGAGGAAAGCACUUCACGACCUCAACGUGAAUGCGUCAUGCACCCUCCUGCCCGCUUCUAAUGACGUCACUCCUGACGACAUAGAUGACGAGGUCUUCCUGACCAACAACGACUACGAAGUCGUCACUGAAAAGAUCACGUCGCUUCAACUCGAAGAGUACUGCCCAGAUGACCGUGAUAUCAUGGAUGACCUUGACCCCAGAACGACCGAUCUUGACUCCAGCAUGGACAGAAGCAGGUGUGACGGACACAACAGCCAGGCAAGCAGCCAACUCACCUUGCAGAACUGUGAGAUGAUGUCUUUGACAGAGGAAAAACACUGCGAAAGGUCAUCAUUAACGUCAGUCCUGCGACGUAGAAAGAAGGUACAUUUCAAGAAGAUUCAACGGUUCUUCAAACGGAUCCGAUAUUUCUUCAAGUCACGAAGAGUGCAUUCCCACGCGAGAUCGUGUGACAUACUGCAGGUGUGUAACAAGUGUGGGAAAAUAGCAGAUGUCAAGGUUCAUACAUGUUGACAGGUCAACUGCGGUUUACGGUGAUCGCUUCCUUGUUUCCUUUAAAAAGAAGACUGAAGAUAUCGAAACAUCUGUGAAUACUGAUCAUGACGUACCUUCAUCUGUGCCAUUAUGAUCCAUUCGCUAUAACGUACCUUCAUUUGUGCCAUAACAAUCCAUCCAUC